AUGUCUUUUGGUUUUGGAGGUAUUUUCAAUAAAACUGCUAAUAAUGUAGGGAUAACAGUAGAAUAUAUAGACCAAAAAACAUUGCAACCACCUCAAUUUAUUCAAUUAAAUCUUUCGGAAAACUUAUCAAAAAUUCGCCAACGACUCGAUGAUAGGGGUAUUAUCAAUUCUACAUUAUCGUUUGUAAGGAAGUAUGGUAAUAGUAGAUUUGCAGAAAUAGCGUUUGAGGAAGAAGAGAAUAUUUCUUUAGUUGAAAUUGUGCAUAAAAGCGAAGACACUCGUAUUCUAAGUUUGACGACAUGUUCAAAAUUUAAUUGGAAGGUUCUGAACCAAUUACGUAAAUUAGAUUAUGGAUGUACCAUGGCUCCUGAUGGAAUUAAGAAAGCUGACAAAAGAGCAUUUGAAAUGAAAGAUUGUAUAUUUGAAGAAAUUGGUAAUGAAGAAUGCAAAGCGGGAGAAUUUAAUUCUAGUUCAUGUGAGGAAGAAAUGAUGGAUAAAAAUUUAUUUUUUAAUGCUGAUAUUAAUGUAAAAUAUUUUGUAAAGUUAGGAAUAGGAAAAUCAUUUAAGACAUCAAAUAAUAAAACAUCUCAAGUUAAAACCGAUUCCUCUUAUAGUUUUAUAAAGUAUGGUAAAGCGUUAUUGAAAUUGAACUUUGAGCAUUUGGAAGCAACACAGGAAUUUAUUGAAGUAGUUAAAAAAGCCAUAAGUUCUGAAGAUCCUGCUGAACAAUUUAAGCAAAUUGUUAAAGAUUUCGGUCAAUUUAUUCCAACCGAAGUUAUUUUAGGUGGAAGAAUUCAUUAUGAUGAUUUUGCGAAAUCAGUUAACCUCUCUACAGAAAAAUCCGGUAAAAUAAGUGGAAAAUUAAGUAUAGAAGACCUUAAAAUAAAAAUGGGAAGAACUUCUACUCAUUUAAAAGAAAAAUCAAAUGAUUAUAGCUAUAAAUAUACGAAAAUUAUUGGAGGGAAACAACCUGAUGAUAUUAAAAAUUUAGAUAUAGGAAAUUGGGUUGGCUCUUUAAAUAAUUAUAGGCGUUGGGAUUGUAUAGAAUUUCGCAAUCCGAUUAGUAUUUUUCAGUUUUUACCCAAAGAUUUACAUGAACAAAUCAUUAAGUCUGUUGGAAUAACAAUACAUCACUCAACCAUCGAAACAUGUGAUCUUGUUUUAGAAGAAUAUAGAAAACCAAUACAAUUUAAAUUGGAGAUACCGACUGACAUCAAGAAAAUUAUUAAAAAUGAAGACGUUGAUUGUAAAAUUCUUGCAACUGUUACGGAUAUAACGAAAUCAAAGAAUGAUUUUUUUACUUGCCAAGUUCUCUGUCUAUCUGAUGGAAGGCUACCGAGUCUUAUUAUCCAUCGUGUUCAAAACCCAUUUAAAAUCUUUAAAAAGCGUGAAUGUAAAUUAAAUAUUGGGUGGAUGGUAAUCGGAUAUUAUAGAGAUUUCAAUUUUGAUUUUAGUACUCGAUUAAAGGUUCAGAAAAAUGAUUUUAAGGCACCAGAUACAGAUAAUCUAAUUGAAUAUGAUUCAAAAGUCCCAAUUUGUUUAGGAACUCCUGUGUUAAGCGAAUAUCCUAAAAAUGAAUCUCUUAUUAUCGGACAUUAUUAUUAUGUUCAAGAAGAGAAUAAUAAAAUUAAGGCAUGCCCAUUCGCUUAUUGUUUAAAGGAACGUCUAGUUGUAAAUUUGCCUGAAUUUACAUUUUAUACACUUAUAAUUACAAAUUAUCAUACCAUUAGUGCUUGUGAUACAAUUAUUCUUAAAAAGAAGGAAUAUAAUAGUUUUAAAUCAGUUUCUCCAAAAUUUGUUAGCAUAUAUUCUACCGAAAAAACUAAUUGUCUUUUUUUGAAACAAAGACAUGGGCAAGUAAAAAUUAAGAAAAUUGGUAACGAUAAAACAAGACCAUUGGUUAAGUGUGCAAUAUUUGAUCCAUAUACAGGGAGACAUUAG